GACCAAAUCACAAGAAAUGCCGAUUAAAAAAGGAAAGAAGGGAAAGAAAGCAAAGGGAAAAGGAAAGAAAGAUGGCAAGCAAGAGUCAAAACGAGAUAAGGAGUCUGAUACAGAGAGGGCUAAAGCAAACGCGGCUCUGUGGGAGGCCAGGUGCGACCUGACGGAGGGUUCGCGCGUGGAGUACCGUGAAACCGCGCGAAGACUGAGCAAGAUCACCCAGCAGCUGACGGAUCUACAGCACAACACCGAGAAGAACAGCAUCGAGGUCAUCGCUGUUCUGAGGAACAAAGACCUGCUGAACGAGGAGAAGAUAAUGGCACUGGAACAACAAAUACAGCUUGAGAAAACAAGAGCUUCUCAGGCAAAGGAGAAUCUGGCCGCUCAGUACACGCUAAAGAUCAAUGAGCUGGAGGAGAAGUUUAAGAAGAGAUCUAGCGAGUUCGACAUGAUUCAAGCGGAGCUUAAGAUCAUCAAUGACUUCCUUAAGAAAAAGCCUCAAAUGGAGCAAGAACUCAAAAAUAUGAAAGAAACUAUGGACAAUGCAGAUCUAGAACACAACAAAACACUUGCAAGAAUGGAGCAAAAGUUCUUCAAUAAUAAGGUUCAUCUAGAGAAGGAAGCUGAGCAAAAGAUUGCUGUGCUUGCAGAAAGAGCUCACAAUGAAGCCAUCAUACAGCUGGAUGACGCAUCUCGCUCAAUGUUCAAGGAGAAUGUGCGUCUAAAUAAGGCAUUGGGUUACCACAUCAAAGAGGUGGAGGAUGUGCGGAAGAGAAAUGCAGCGCUGGCAGAAGAGAACAACAUCCUUAGUUUGCAUAAGGAGAUGAGUCAGGACACCUCAAAUGACACCAUAUCUAAGCUUGCAGCCCAGCGGACCACUGUUUCCGAGCUGAGGGCAAAGGUGUUCACACUGGAGCAGGCCCUGGCCAGCAUGGUGGCUGAGUUUGAGUUGGAGAAGGCUGAUAUCAAGCAGCGUGCUGCAGUCAGGUCUCAGGCUGGCGGUGUAGAGCUGGACAAACUGCAGACGCUUCUGAGCGUACGGGACAGGGAACUGAGCCGAGUGAAGAGAAUAGCCCGCAGCGUAGUGGAGCAACGCUCAGACAUGGAGGUCCUCUUCCAUGAGACUCUGAACCACAUGAAACGGGAGAUGCUAAUGCACAGACAGGAAGCAGAAGUGAAUCGUAGCAGGCGGAUGGAUGAGUUCCUAUCAGGCAGAACGGAGAACGCUCACAUUCACACCAUCAACAGAACACCCCACAGCACUUCCAGUGAUAUAGAUGAGGCUGAAAAAGGCAAUCUGAAGAAAGCCAAAGUGAACAUAUCAGAGAUGACCUGGGAGCAAAGAGAGAGAGUUCUCAGACUGCUCUUUGCUAAAAUGAAUAGCUUGAAAUCGAAGAAACCAAUUCAUGCUCCGGCUCUGACAGAUUCUGAAGGGAACCGGUGUAGCAGCAAUCCAGGGAAUGAAGAGGAGGAAUCCCAUGAAUCAUUUUUAACCCAAGCACCAGUUUCCAGUAUGAGCUCCAGUGGAAACUCCAGGGCUCUGCCAGACCUGUAGAUCAUCUGACCUCAUGACAGAUAAGAGAGCUAAAUAAUGUCAAAGUAUAAGUUAAAUUUUGCGUAUCCGCUAUGAAAUACCAGGAAAUGAGUGUCUAAACUACAACUUAAAAGAAACCAAAACAUUUUUUGACAUGGCAUUGAAGAUUAGACAUGAGGGAAACUGAGUGAAAUAAUAUUCAGGAAAAACUUGAAAUGUCUUGGCAUAAAUCCACCCACAAAAUAUUGCAAACAAACAAUUCAAACAGUAUUUCAUAUAAAAAAAAAAAAACUGUUUACUGAACA